UCUCUAAGUACGCUUUUACUACACCUGUUGACGUGCUGCAUGACUUUAAAUUGGCUUAUAAAGGAAGCUGGAGAAAUCCCGAGGAGCCCAGAGAAGUUUGGAGCAGAUCAGAAAGCGCCCGGCUCUGCAGAGGAAUCUAGGAGUCUCAGCUCCACCCCUGCACCACCAAAGCGAAAAGGACAAAUCACCAACGACUUGGAGGGGUUGUGGGUAGGGGACAGUCUCCAGCCACUAAGAUGAGAAGGAGCGCAUCCUGAGGCAGCCUAAGACUGCGUUGGGAGCAGGGAGAGUCCGCUCCCUUGCCUCGGGGCAAGCCGGAGCAGGGACACGCUCGAACAUCCCAUCCAAAACCACUCUGAGCGCGCGUGGGAUUGCACAGCGGAGAGAGCGAGGGAAGGAAGGAAGGCGCGCAGAGCUUAAGACGCGGGUCUUCGGGUCCUCCUGGAGAAGAGGAAGCAGCCUACGAGGGACAGGGUUCCCCGGCUCUGUGCCGACAGCAUGAGUUUCCCGCGAGGCUCCCACGACCUGCCCGCGGGCAACUCCAGCCCGUGGUGGCCUCUGACCACCGAGGGCGCCAACAGCAGCGGGGAAGCAGCUGGGCUCGGGGAAGGUGGCGGCCCGCCGGGGGACGUACGCAACGAGGAGCUGGCGAAGCUGGAGGUCACCGUGCUGGCGGUGAUUUUCGUGGUGGCCGUGCUGGGUAAUAGCAGUGUGCUGCUGGCGCUGCAUCGCACGCCACGCAAAACAUCCCGCAUGCAUCUCUUCAUCCGACACCUCAGCCUGGCAGACCUGGCGGUCGCCUUCUUCCAAGUGUUACCACAGCUGUGCUGGGACAUCACCUACCGCUUCCGCGGGCCGGACUGGCUGUGCCGGGUGGUGAAGCACCUGCAGGUGUUUGCCAUGUUCGCAUCUUCCUACAUGCUGGUGGUGAUGACGGCUGACCGCUACAUCGCCGUGUGCCACCCGCUCAAGACCCUGCAGCAGCCCGCGCGCCGCUCGCGCCUCAUGAUCGCCGCCUCUUGGGGGCUGAGUUUCGUUCUGAGCAUACCACAGUACUUUAUCUUCUCUGUGAUCGAAUUCGAGGUGAACAAUGGCACCAAAGCCCAAGACUGCUGGGCUACCUUCAUCCCGCCCUGGGGUACCCGCGCCUACGUGACCUGGAUGACCAGCGGGGUCUUCGUGGUACCCGUGAUCAUCUUGGGUACCUGCUAUGGCUUCAUCUGUUACCACAUCUGGCGCAAUGUCCGAGGGAAGACAGCAUCUCGACAGAGCAAAGGCGGCAAGGGCUCUGGGGAAGCCGCGGGUCCCUUCCACAAGGGGCUUCUGGUCACGCCUUGUGUCAGCAGUGUGAAGAGCAUUUCCCGUGCCAAGAUCCGCACAGUGAAGAUGACCUUUGUGAUUGUAAGCGCCUACAUCCUCUGCUGGACACCUUUCUUCAUCGUCCAGAUGUGGUCAGUCUGGGAUACCAAUUUCAUUUGGACCGAUUCCGAAAACCCUUCCACCACAAUCACAGCGUUACUGGCUUCCUUGAACAGCUGCUGCAACCCGUGGAUAUACAUGUUUUUUAGUGGUCAUCUCCUACAAGACUGUGUCCAGAGCUUCCCAUGCUGCCAAAGCAUAGCACAGAAAUUCACCAAGGAUGACUCGGAUAGCAUGAGCCGGAGACAGACAUCUUAUUCUAACAACCGAAGCCCGACAAACAGCACUGGGACAUGGAAGGACUCACCUAAAUCUUCCAAGUCCAUCAGAUUCAUCCCUGUCUCUACUUGAGCCGCAUAUCCAUGCAGCCAGACUCUUGGAAGGGACUUGUGUGUCCAGCUAGAUAGCUUAAGAGUAAAUAUGUUUAUGUGAGAUAGACAUAAAUCAACUCAGUGUAUACAUUGUUUCUACAACUUGGUGUAUACAUUGUUUCUAGCUGUGUUUUUCCCAUUGCUGUGACAAAAACCUGAAUUCUUUUGCAUAGAAUAUUAAUGAAAAUGUACCAUAUGGGAAAUGUAUAGGCCUGGUUCUUAAGCAUACUGACUUUAUAUUUUGUGGUUGAUUUUUUUAUUGUAUUUUUAUGUCUAAUGUAAGUGAGGCUUUGAUUGGUUUAAGUCAUGUGAUAAGCACUGUUGUUUCUAAACAAAGUGAACUCGUUCAUGAUUGAAAAACCAGUGUUGCUGUCAAUGUGUAUGUCGUAAAAUGUCAGCAAGAGGUAGAGGGGAGUUGGGUUGAGGGUGGAAAGGAGGUAGCUUGGUACCUGGCUGCCCUUCCUUCAGAGUCCUGGUACUCUAUUAGCACUGAAAAUCAUGCUCACCAACAGACAGAAGGUUUGAGAAUGUUUUAGGACAAUAAUUUGUAUGGGUGGGGGAGUGCCACACUUUAUAGAGGCAUAAGAGAAAAGAUUUCUACAGACAUUCUUUGGGAUAUUUUAAACAUCCAUGAACCAGCACCAUAAGGUAGUCUGUGCUACACCAGAUGUUAACACUUAGUACCUAUUUGGUGAAUCCAGAUUCAGAGAUUCUAAGUCCCCUAGAUAACUCCACUCAUAAGAUACUCAAAACAUGUUGAUUUAAAUCAGUUUAUUUAUUUCUUCACAUUUCCCAUCCACACAGCAGGUCCAGUACACAGAGGGUGAAGACAUGUGGAGAAACGGGAGACAGACAAAAGAGAGGGGGUCUGAGCCUUGUGUCUGUUCCUUCAUGAAUGUAUGAUUUUCAGAAAGAUACUUAAAAAUAUUUAAAGCCUUGGUUUCUUGGCUGUACAAUGGGCUUGGUAACACUCACCUCACAGAGUUGUUGUGAAGAUUAAAUAAUGUUAAAUGUGUGAAGAGUUAUUUUU